GGUUCCGCCUCCAUCCCCUUCCUGGGCUUCUCUUCCCAUUGAUGGGAUCAUAGGUGGGUUGGCCUUUCAACGUCGUCGUCACGGGUCCGGCCGGCGAUGGUUCACCGGCGGUGGAAGACCGAUGUCGAGAUGGGACCGAAUUGUCCCCGGUGCAACUCCUCCAACACCAAGUUUUCCUACUACAACAACUAUAGCCUAAGCCAGCCCCGGUACUUCUGCAAGGGCUGCCGGCGGUAUUGGACGAAGGGUGGUUCUCUUCGCAAUGUUCCCGUCGGUGGUGGGUGCCGGAAGAAUCGCAGGGUGAAGUCGGUGAGGAUCGCGGGCGAUCCGGUCAGUACUGCUCGAGGCUUGAGCUAUGGCGCCCACCGGCUAACGGGCCAGAUUCGCCCGGACCUUGUGCUUGACGGCAUGGUGGGGAAUUUGAGCAGUGUGCUCCAAUCAAUUAUCGAUGUACCAGCCACUACCGAUGCCUCCACGAUUGAUGUUGCCUCGCUGUAUGCCAACCUCUUGAAUCAACAUCCCGAGGUCGAACCGACCCUGGUGGUGCCUGCGCUGGCCGGGGAGACCAACGAGUCUUUUCGCUCUACCAGAGGGCCGGGUGGCGCAAACUCAAAUCAACAAAUACAUGUCCACUUACCAGAUAAGAAUAGCUUUAUGGAGUGCCAAAGAGCAAGUGAGCCAAUUGCUGAAGCAGUAUUGCGUAAUGGAGACCAGCCACCUUUUGGAGAGCUCAACUUCCCUGUGGAUCCAAGUGGAUACGAGUCGCUGGCGUUCCCCAGCAUCUUCUCAUCAAAUUAUCCCGCGGUUUUCCCAAGUUUGACAUGGGAAGCAGCUAAUUAUCAAAGGUUUGGGUCGUUGCUGGAAGAUAUGUAGUAUGGCUCUUCAUCACAAGCUUAUCAUUAAUGAUUAAUUGGAGCACGAUGGACCACUCAAGUUUGGAUAUUAAUCAACUUUCUAUAGGUCUUAAGGAAGUAAUAUAUGUCUUCUUCUUAUCGAUUGUUCUUUCACGAGUGUUACAUAUAUAUCUAUGA